GUCAUCUACUAGUGAAAGCGGCGCGUUUCCAAGUCCAAAAUGGCGGACAUUUCGUCCUGGGUUUGAUUUCUGCAAGAAAUGGCUGAUUUUACAACGCGGGUAUCGCUAGUAAGACCUAUUUCUGCUAAGAAGAAAAAGAAGUAUGAACUCUUCUCUCCGCCUGUCAGCUGUGGAAGGCUAAGAAGAGUUCAGUCACUGAUAAAAAGUGAAGGCCUGUCAGCUUUACUGUGUAUUCUAGGGAUUGAUAGCAGGUAUAAUAGUGGGACCAAACAGUUGUUGAACUACCUACUUUUUGGAUAUUGCAACAUUGCCGCUGACAGUAUCAGUUCCAAAGUAACAGAUGAAAUUCUAGAGGAUGUUGUAGUACUGGUGAAGCUAGAGAGUGUUCAUGUUUACUGCAACCCUCUUAAUUACCCUCACCUUCUGCCAUUGAUUGGACACUGGAGGAACCUUCAUAUCCACUGCCUAGCGGAGGAAGAGGAUGACGAUGAAAAGCAGGAAGAAUUCAAAAUUCUUAGUUUUGUCUCCAUGGUCAAUGGCUGUUCCAACAUUGGAAUUCCAUAUGGAAAACCUGGUGAACAUGAUAAACCAUUUGACCCAUUUCUGGUGGAAAAAUGGCCCCUUAUCCAGGCAUUUGCCAUUGAGGGCUUAGGAGGGGGUGGAUUCUUUACAAUGGAGCAUGAGAUUAAAGAUGUUACUUCAAAGAUGGAACAGCUGUUUGGAAUGAUUGACCCAGUGGUUGUAGAGAUGCUACUGACUGAAAGACUCCCACUGUUUGGUCACCACUGCAAAGCAGUUUUAACCAAUAUUGAUGUUGAAAGUUCAUCAAGUAAUAGCUUUGGCGAAUUAAAAGAAAAUCAAGUUGCAGAACCAAUAAUGAGCUACUUCACACAUGGUCAGAUGGCCAAGGGGAACUCUAGUGCUUCAGACAAUCCAAGACCCUUUGUUCUUUUUGGGGUUAACACAUCAAGAAAGAACAUACAGUUGGUGCGGCAAAGUCAUGCUUCAGAGAGUAAAAACAAGAUAGUUGGCAGUGGUUUAAGAGGCUCUAAAGCUAAACACACGGUUUGUUUUGCUAGAGACCCCAGAGGAACCAUAACCUCAGCAAGAACUUACUUCUUUGCCAAUGGAUUUGUCCCUUACACUGGGAAAGAGCCAAGUAGAAUUGUGUUUAGCAAGGAUUUAAGGUUGAUGCUUGACUUAUACCUCCUGGCUAUCGAUGCUGUUUUAGAAGGAAUAAGGAUUUUUGUGAAAUGUCAGGACUUAUCUAAGAGUAAAAGUGCUAUUUUAUCAGCAUUGAAUGGUGGCCUUGGAGAAAGAAAGAUUUCUCUCGAUCCAUCUCUUCUUUACAAAAAUGUAGAGAUUUCCGUUCAAGCUUUUGACUUGUCUGGCAGUGAAUUUGAUCUUCAAACUUCAAUGGCUGCACCUGUUAUUAAGAUGGUGUGUCUGUAUAUCUAUGACAUACCAAGCAUCGAGCAGCCAGGGAACAAGUUGGGAUCAAUUGCAUUUGGAGAGACCUUCCUGGAUUCCGUUGUUAGAACUAUUUUACCUGAUAGCUCUAGUGUGUUGGAUUGCAAUCAUCUUGUGCUUACAGAAAACAUCACACGGUUUGCAACAUGGCAGAAUGAUGAAGAGAAAACUGUGUCAAGGAAUUUGGAAGAGCUUGUAAAGUCAAAGGAGAAAAGUGAUGAGCUAGGAGAGCAACUAAUCAUGGGUGACCAAGGGUUCCUGAUGGGAAAUCAGACUCGCUGCAAGUGGGAAGAAGGGACCGUUUAUGUGUAUGAGAAGGGGAUCUUGUUCAGUAACAGCAGAUUUGGAUUCGUUACUCUUCCUCUCUCUCAAGUAGACAAAAUACAGUUCUAUGACGGGGAGACGAGCAGCGUUAUCGCGCUAGUGAUGUUACACUACAAGCCGGAACUUGCCAGUCAUCUACCGCUACAUCUCAUCAAUGAGCACCACACCCUCACGCUUGCUCUUGCUCCACGCACAAGAAUCUUCAGGCAGUUCUACAGCGAGGUCUUACCAUUGUGGAAAAACGCCAAAGGCCAAGCAAAACUAGAAGAAGUAUUUGAAAUACCAGAUGACCUGACUAAAAUUCAUAAAAGUUUAGGAGAACACCUACCUCACACUUUGAGUUUUGGGACUGACAACAGGUUACAGCACGUCAUGUCUAUGUUACCAGACUUAAGAGGGUUUCUUGCUCAUCUUAACGUCAGCAGUACAAGCGAUGUUCCUCUAAGAUCAAAGGACUUAACAGUAGCACUGGGAACAGCCCCAGAGACACCCACAGAGUCAGAUAACAGCCUUGAGCUUUCUCUGACGAUUUUAACUGGCGUACCUGGAAGCGGCAAGGACGAGCUCUGCUCUACACUUGUGGCUCUAGCUAAGGAGAACAGCAAAUGGAUCAUACUUAAAAGCCCAAUCAGCAGCUCGCAGCCGUUUGAUCCCGAAGGUCUUCAGGCCUCGCUCACUACCACACUGACAAGCCAGAGAAGACUGCAUGCACGGUUAUCAGCCAGUAGGAGACGGCUCAAAGUCAUUGUCGUCACCCCUGGGUUUACUGACAUUGUGGAUGUUGUCAUGGCGAUUGCCAACCACCCUAAUGCCGAGGUCUAUAGCCAUGUAAAGAUAGGUGCUAUCACUUGCUGUGUGAACCCUGAAAACGUCUUCAUGGAGAAUAGGUACACUCUUCCGAAGCUGUUAGACCAGUGCGCCCAAGGCUUUGUGAACAACAUUGUUUUUACAAGCUGCCUUGAUGCCCAGAACGAGCAGCUGUCUGCGGUGCAAAAGCUGAUCCGUGUGUGCAACCCACAGGCGGCCUUUAUCCUUGCCAAAGACGGCAAAGUGACCAGGACCCCUGACGUCGAGCUGAUCCUGUCAGAGACCGCCUUUGAUGAGGUAGACUCCGCGCAGAGGCGUCAUCUCAUGUGUCCAGGAUGGACUCUUGGUGAUUUCAACAGCGGUGGCAUGGAACCCCCAAUUAACGAGAUCUUUAUCGAAUUCUACAAACCUCUAGAAAGACAUCGUUUCCAAAGCAAGUUAAAAGAGAUGAAAGGGCAACUGUGCAUUGCAGAGUCGCUUGAUAGAGGGGCUGUACACAGCAUCAGAGGUCACGUCCGAUUUUCAGACCAUAACACCAUCAGUGAAGUUCACUGGACGUCCCUGAUAGGCCAUCUGUCACAAAGCCUAGUGGAAACCAACAAUGUACCUCGGCCGCCAUCUAAACCUGCACAGAACGGCAACCAGGAGUCCAGCAAAGCCAAUUUAGCACAAUUCCUCGUCUUCACUGGGUUCGCCCUCAAGAAAGACUCACUUAUGGACUGGCUGAGAGGGUGCAUUAAACCCACGCCCCAAAAGCAACCUCUUGUUUCCAAGAAAACUCUGUCGAAAAAGGAGCUUGACGACAUAAAGGGCAAGCAUAAGUGUGACACUCUUCCGGAGGGCUGGUUCUACACGGGCACACAGUACGUCAGUCUGACAGGAGAGAAGGCCUAUCAACAUCCCCUCCUCGAACAGUACAUCGAACAGUACGUGCAGGACAAGAAUGAGGAGAUCAAGCGGCACAACGCGAGUGUCGACAUUAACCCACAUCAAGACAUGUUCCUUCUUCCAGAGCAAUAGAGUGCGGGUGCUGACACUAUCCCACAUCAAGACAUGUUCCUUCUUCCAGAGCAAUAGAGUGAGGGUGUCGACACUACCCCAUAUCAAGACAUGUUCCUUCUUCCAGAGCAAUAGAGUGCGGGUGUCGACACUGCCCCACAUCAAGACAUGUUCCUUCUUCCAGAGCAAUAGAGUGUGGGUACUGACACUACCCCCACUUUCCGAGCCGCCGCAUCUACAGAAAGGAGGGCGUUAGUUAUUAGGCGCCCAUUCCUCUCCGGAAGUAUGAUCAAAACAGUCAACUCUUGCUAUUAAGGACACACUUUGAGCCAUAAUUCAUGUUCGAUGUAGUUCACACUCGAAAUUACAGACACUCUCGAGACGGUAACUUAUGGUCAAUACAGUCAAUUAUUACGGACACCCUUAGGAUUGUGAUUUUGUGUCCGUUAUAUCGAGGUGUCCGUACUGGCAAGGCGACUGUUAUGCCUAGUGCACACUAGCAACAUAAUAACAUAACGACAUGGGCGCGCGCGCUGUGUUUAGCCCGACAUAACGACAUGGACAUAAUGGCAUUAAAGAAAAAAAAAUGUUUUUCUCUUAUGUCGUUGUGUCCAUGUCGUUAUGUCGAAGAUAAGAGUGCGCGCGCCCAUGUCGUUAUGUCGAUAUGUCGCUAGUGUGCACUAGGCAUUAUUGAACUUUAUUGGUACUUAGACACGUUCUUGCCUAUCCUGCUUAGAUCGUAGUAAAAUGGCGGCCAGUUAUGCCUAGUGCACACUAGCGA